AUGGCUCAAGAUCACGAUCAAAUCCCCCUCAAAAACACCAAUCUCACCACCAAUUCCCGGUGGCCGCUUCGGCGGACGAGACAUUCCCUACGUAGGCGCAAACUGCCCACAGUACGUCUUGGAGGAGAAAAGCCUCGACGAGGAAUGUUUUUAGUGAGGAUGUUAAGAAGGAUGCGGUUGAGGUGGCUAAAAUUGCAAUACCUGUGCAUGUUAAAGAAGAUAAAGGAAAAUUAUCUUACUUUUAUGAAGGAUAUUAAGGUAUCUGGAGCAAGCAUAGAUGUUUAUCAACAAAGGCUUUUAAUGGAGACCUCUUUUGCUGUUCCUGGCUUGGGUAUUACUUUCUCCAACUUUCUCUCCCUGCAGCCUGGAUCCAAUCCCUCUCGAUCCUUCAUCAUCAUCACUACAAUGAUAAAGAAAUUAGUAACAUUAAAUCGUAGCAUCCAUGAUCAGAUUGAUAAGCCUCAAGGCUUCGUUCCAACG